UAUGUUACAUGCUAUCCUUUCCUCCUGUGUGCUAAUUUUAGUUUCGUUACCGGUAGCUUCUCCGUUAGAAGUCUAAAUGUAUUAAUAAAUAUUUAUAUAUUUCCGUGAUAUCAUUAUUUACAGAAGACACAUAUUUUGGAGAGAUGGAUUAUCCAAACCAGAGUGCGUUCAGACAGCGUAAGUUACCUAAUGUCAGGAUGCGAGGCUCUCCUAUGGACCCCAGUGGUCCCAGUCCAUUAUUUGAUGACACCAGCGCUGGGGUACACAAGCAUGAACACAUGGGAAAGGGCCAGGAUGCUUACACUGGACAGGCCUUCCUCUCAGACCCCAUGUCUAACCUGGCUAUGGCUUAUGGCACCAGCCUCGCCUCCCAUGGCAAAGAGAUGAUGGAUAAGAACCUGGAUCGAUUCAUCCCUAUCUCAAAGCUAAAGUACUAUUUCGCAGUAGACACAGUAUAUGUCGGAAAGAAGCUUGGAUUGCUUGUAUUUCCCUACAUGCAUGAAAACUGGGAGGUGAGCUAUCAACAGGACACACCAGUCGCCCCACGGUUUGAUAUCAAUGCCCCUGAUCUCUACAUUCCUGUAAUGGCUUUCAUUACAUAUAUCCUGGUUGCAGGGCUGGCCCUGGGCACGCAAAACCGGUUUUCUCCAGAGAUUUUGGGCAUGCAAGCGAGCUCAGCUCUGGUGUGGCUUAUUAUUGAGGUGCUGGCUGUGCUUCUCAGUCUUUAUCUAGUGGCAGUAAACACCGACCUCACCACUAUUGAUCUGGUGGCCUUUUCUGGAUACAAAUACGUGGGGAUGAUAGUGGGUGUGGUUUCAGGGCUUCUGUUUGGGCGGACAAGCUAUUACCUCACGUUGCUCUGGUGCUGUAUCUCUAUUUCUGUCUUUAUGAUUCGCACAUUGCGGUUGAAGAUCCUGUCUGAGGCAGCUGCAGAGGGGCGGAUAGUGCGAGGUGCAAAAAAUCAGCUGCGAAUGUAUCUAACAAUGUCUAUUGCUGCUGCACAACCUGUGUUCAUGUACUGGCUUACCUUUCACCUAGUCAGAUAGUAACUGGAGGAACAACCAAUGUUUCUACCAUAGCAGACACAAAGAAAAAGAUCCUCUUCUGUGGAGACGAACCUAUUUGCACACAUUUAAUUAAAAAAAAAUUGGACACUCUUUGUGGAGCCUCACAACACAAUAUUAAUCGCUCAGCUGUCUUUUGUAUGUUUUCAUUAUGUACCUUUCUAGGAUUUAUUGCUUUAUGUUUGAGUGAUGUAUUGUAUGGUUGUAUUUUUUAUGUCUUUGCAAACAAGGGAUGUUGUUCAUAUGCUCUGUUAUAUGACUUUGCCAGGCUGCCACUGUUAGAUUUGACACGCUGGCAGAUUAUCUGCCAUACAUGUGACUGUUUGGUAAUGUUAACCAAAUGAAACUCGCUCUGUGUGAUGUGCUUUGUGUACUACAUGUAGUGAUUAUUUUAAGGUAGUAAAGUACUCUGUCCUGAAUGCCACAGCAGUGGAUGGUUUCAGAGUAUUAAUGUUGGACAAAUACAUGCCUAACUCAGAUUUUAUAGGAACAUAAUGCACAUGUGGGAUUUACCUCCCUUGAAAUAUGUCUUGAAUAAAUUAUCAUACUUUUUUUAAUGUUCUGUUGCAAUUCAGUCGUUUCCAGAAUUUGGAAAUAAAAGAUGUUUUGAAUGGAAA